AGCGAUCGAUAAGAUGGGGAUAAGAUUAUGGCAUUGAGGAGACAUAUGACACUAUCUCAGUCAGACCACUGCCAUGGCGGCUCUAGGAAUAUUACUAGGUUUGGCGACGCUGAGCGCCCGCGCGUUCUCGGUGGCGCUACCAUCGCGGGCUGAUGACGUCACGCUGUCCCUAGAGCCACAGAUCACUGGCGGCUUCCAGCUCAGUUUGGACAAAGACAAUGAGCGCACAGUGUACGGCCACAUCGGACGCACUCUGGUCUCCACGUACACCGCCGAGGAGGUGGAGGGUGGCAUGGAGAUACAUAUCGGAGGUGUCAAUCUGACUAUACACACACUUUAUGACGACGCUUCUGACGCUAGAGGCAUCAAGAUUAAGUGGAACUCACUUACGCCACUCCGACUGGAAGACUGCUUUGAUUUUGGCACAAAACACUGGUACGGCGGACCAAUGCAAGUCGAACAAAUGUACCCGAUAGAGAGCGCUAAGCAAGUGUACACCCCGUACUUCUCUAAAGAGCAGGACAACGGCGCCAUCGUCGAGAGAUACUGGCUCAACUCCGCCGGGGAGUACAUUUACGUGCACCCACAAGUACCAUUGUUCGUCGACUACAACAAUAUCGUCCCCAACCACAUUUGCUUUGGAGCACAAAUCUCUGAACCCUACUCGACAAGAAGAAAUCAUAUAGAACUAAGUUACGAUCUCUGGUUCCUUCCCAAUGUUAAAGAAGCUCACAAACAUGCGAUAGUCAAUUAUUUAGGCAAACCAUCAGGAGUACCUGAUUACAGAAUGGUUCAGCAUCCAAUUUGGUCUACUUGGGCGCAGUAUUCCAGAGACGUAAACCAAGAGAAAGUUCUAGAGUUUGCAAAGCAGAUUAGAGGAUAUGGCUUUAGUGAUUCCCAACUGGAGAUCGAUGAUCUGUGGGAGACGUGCUACGGGACAAUGGAGGUGGAUCAGUCUAAAUUCCCCAACAUGACGGGUCUGGUGCAGGAAUUGAAAGCGAUGGGAUUCCGCGUCACCAUCUGGAUGCAUCCCUUCAUAAAUAACAACUGCGAGCCGAUAUACACUCAGGCUUUGAAUAACGGUUACUUGGUGCUGGACGAGGCAGGUAAGCCGGCGACGACAUGGUGGAACAACAACGGCUCAGUGCCUGGCUACAUCGACUUCACUAACCCCGAAGCCGCCGAGUGGUGGUACGAACGUAUCAGGAAUCUGCUUGAUACUUAUGACAUUGAUAGCGUAAAGUUUGACGGAGGCGAGAGUAGCUUCACACCACAGGUAGCGGUACAGACCGGUGACAUAGAUCUACAGCCCCAUAACAUUGUAGAAGCUUACGCCCGCCUUGCCGCGCGCUUCGGAGACAUGGUCGAGGUCAGAGCUGGCUUCAGAACGCAAGACCUGCCUAUCUUCGUGCGCAUGGUAGACCGCGACUCUAUCUGGGGUUUGAACAACGGUCUAUCUACUAUCGUGACGACAGCAAUUCAGAUGAACUUAGCGGGAUACGGACUUGUGUUGCCGGACAUGAUCGGAGGCAAUGGGUACAACCUGGACCACGAGCAAGCGGAUAUUCCCACCAAGGAGCUGUUCAUUCGCUGGGUGCAGGCCACCACCUUCCUUCCAGUCAUGCAGUACUCUUACGUGCCGUGGAACUUUGAUAAUGAAACGGUGGAGAUAAGCAAGAAGUACACGGAGCUGCACGCGGAGUACGGUGAUGAGAUAUACGCGGCGAUGCAGGCGGCGGUGGAGUCAGGCCGGCCGGUGAACGCGCCGCUCUGGUGGAUAGACCCCACUGAUGAGGACGCACUCAACAUCUGGGACGAAUACCUAUUGGGAGAGAAUAUCUUAGUAGCGCCUGUGUUGGAGGAGGGAGCGACCUCCCGGGACAUUUACCUGCCGGCGGGCGUGUGGUGGGAGGAGGGAGACAGGGAACGGGAGGUGGUCGGCCCGACCUGGAUCAGGGACUUCCCCGCUCCAUUGGACGUGUUGCCAUACUUCGUCCGCGCUAGAGAAAUCGAGCCGUCAUCCGCGGUGUCACCCGGGGUUGCCAUGUUUGUGCUAGUUUUUGGUGUUGUCGCUAACUUUGUGUUAUAAAGAUUGGUUUAAGAUAUUGUUCGAUAGUUUUUCUUAUCUAUUUUUGUUUGAAUGAUGCUAUUUGAACAAUAUAUAAAUGUUUUUAUCAUUAUAAGUGUUAC